AUGGGCGACAGGAUAUUCCGCAUCUUCAACCCGAGAGAGCCAAAGGGCGAUCCCGUCGAGAAGAGACGCGCCCAGCUGAGACGCGCCCAGCAAUCGUAUCGCGAUCGAAAAGACAAGUACACCAAGGCUCUUGAGGCUGAACUAGCACGCUCUCGGAGGAAUGAAGCCGGCCUGGCGACUGAGACUCAGCAGCUUCGUGCAAGAGUCCAUAUACUGACUUCUCUUCUGUCACAAAACGGCAUAUCCCUCCCCCCUGAGUUUGCUGAGGAUAUAUCCCAUGGUUAUACCCUACAUACGGAUGAUAGCAGCCCAGCAAGUGAACAAGCGCAAACGGCUAUCAGACCCCUGGAGGAGUUACAACUAGAUCCUACGAGCAAACCGGCGAACCAAAAUAGCCCUUUGAGCAGUGAUGGUUUUCAUUUGCGGCAUCAUGGUUCAAGAUUCUUCAGAAGGCCGCUGCCUCCAGUACCCACGGCCACCAUAACGCUCUCAGCUGAGCCCAGUGACAAAACUCACCUUUCCGACCUUGAUGCCACGACAGUUGGCAUGGAGUUUGUAUUGACACUAGAAAGGCCUUGUCUGGGCCAUGUACACGGAAACCCCAAGAAGCCUAAUGAACCAGGCGGUCAUGCUUUGACUGCCACGGUUCAGCUUCAAUCCGCCCUGUCUCUGCCCCCCAUUGAUCCACAGGAUCCCAAGCCUCCGCCUUACCAGCAAGCCCCCGCAGCUGUGCUCGAUCGCUUGUUAAAUCUUGCGCCUAGUGUAUCAGAGGACGGUGACGUGACACCGAUCCAGGCGUGGCAUUAUAUUCGACACCAGCCACACUUUGGCGGGUUUGAGAUACAAAACCUUAACAGACUGGCUGAAAAACUACUGGUGGCCAUGAAAUGCCAUGGAUUUGGCGCUGCGAUUCAGCCGAGCUUAUUCGAAUCAACUGUACGCGAAAUUCUCAGUUCAACGUCUUUAAUGUCACCGUGACACGGAGAGCAUAGAACUGUCAAAUCUUCAUCUUUUCCUACCCUCUACUUGAGCAACGGUAAUUCACCAAAGAAUGGGGAUUUCCUUUUCGGAUAAUGAGAGGACAAUUGAAGGAACAUACAGACGGGCAUUCACCCAAAUCACGACGAAGGGAAGACUGCGGUCAAUGGGAGUUAAAAAGUAUAUAUAGCCUGGUUUCCCUGGAUGGCUACGGUACACUGUUU